AUCAAACGCCGAGACGCAAUUCGCAAAGCGACCGGCCUGCUGCUGCUAGUUGCUACGGCUAAGCUUAGUGGGAAAGGGGAGAAAAGGCGUCGUCACGAGAGGAGAGGCACGUCCACCGCCUGAGCUCUGCUCACUCACCGCCACGCCACCGGUGCAACUUUCCAUACACGCCGGGCCGGGGGCUAGUAGCUAGUGUUGUUAUAUAUAAAGGGCGAGGGGGUGGUGGGCGCUAUGGAGAGGAGUAAUAGCAGCUGGUUCGGGUGGUGGAGGAAGAAGGCGCGGGAGGGGCAGGGCGGCGGCCGCCGCCGUGACCGUGAGAAGGUGGUGGUGGACGGGACGGAGAUCCGGGAGCUGGUGGAGGACCGGGAGGCGUUCGGGAUGCUCGUGGACAGCAAGUUCCGGCAGCUCGACGCCGACGGUCACGGCAUGCUCUCCGUGAGCGAGCUGCGCCCCGCCGUGGAAGACAUCGGCGCCGCGCUCGGGCUGCCCGCGGAGGGGGCGUCGCCCAACACCGACCAUGUCUACGCAGAGGUGGUGAGCGAGCUGACUCAUGGGACAUCCCAGGGGGAGGUGAGCAAGGCCGAGUUCCAGGAGGCGCUGUCAGACAUACUCCUCGGCAUGGCGGCCGGGCUCAAGAGGGACCCCCUCGUGAUACUGCGCAUGGACGGCGAGGACCUCAGGGACUUCGUCGCCGGCAGCAGAUACGAACCCACAGCUGCUGCCGUUUUCUCGAAGGUCGGUUUCGGUUCUGAAGAAGACGCGUCGUCUCUGCGUCAGUGCGUGUUGGCCGCUCUCCAGAAGCUGACCGUCGACCACGGAGUGCCACCGGCUUCAGACACCUGGGUCGCGAAGAACAUCGUAGAGCCGGCGUUGCAGCAGCUUCCUGCGGAUCAGCUUGAGCAGCAGCCGGCCUCCCGGGACGACUUGUUCCAGCAACUGAAGAAGCUGCUGUGCGCCAUCGCUGAUCGACUCCAGGAGCAGCCUGUGAUCGUCGCGCACACCGAGAACCACUAUGACGGGAGUGGCGUCAAGAGGCUGCUGGCCAACAAAUUCGAGUUGGACAAGCUGCUGGAUUCUGUUUGGAAAGGUUUACCAGUAGAACAUAAGAACAAGGCGUCCAAGGAGUACCUCAUAGCUGCGCUUGAUAAGAUGGCCGAUGCUGCAAGCCUGCCAUACUAUGGUGCUGUUAAAGAGGUGGAUGCUGUCGUGGACGAGUCGAUCAAAACAGCGGGCGUCGAAGAAGGAAAAGCAGCAGAUGAAGCAGAGUUCAAGAAAUCACUCACAGAUAUCCUUAGGGCCAUCAUGCUGAGGCUGAACGACAAACCCGUUUUCGUCUCUACCAACAUCGUCGUGCACGAGCCUUUGUCUGGCUCAUCCACCCUAUUGAAGUGAAACGUAGUACACGACGGAAAUAUACGGGAAAACACAGGGUCACUACUAGUAUUUGAGCAGUGUCUGUGUUAUUGCUUUUUGUCUGAUCACAGGCACUGCCCUGCCGCAGCAUGCUAUGCUAGCUUGCUGCAAGUUUGCAUCAUGACAAGAUAUCAAGAUGCGAAGAUGCAGGCCAUCUGGUUUGUUAACCCGAUUGACAUAUAAGUUUGGAAUAAGGCGUCCAAGCCAUACAUAAUUACGUACUAUCAUCAAUGGCAACCUAAUAGCUGUUGUAAAUUUUGUUUUGGUUGGGGAUGGCGCCUAUGUGGAGCUCCGAGAAUUAUGUUACUCCGUGCAAAUUCAGUCAUUCAAAAUCA